AUGACAUUCCCUCCAACUGACAAAAGUGAAAAACUCCCCGAUGUCACCUCAACCCACAGCCCCUCCUCAAUCGAAAGCACUACACCAAAAGACAACACAACCCAACGAGGUCUCUCAUCCCGCCAUGCCCAAUUCAUCGCCCUAGGAGGCGCAAUAGGAACAGGUCUCUUCGUCAGCACAGGCGCAACACUAGCAAAAGGCGGCCCAGCCUUCCUAGUCGUAUACCUGAUCCUGACAGGCGUCACGGAGAUAUCUGCCUAUCUCCCUCUUCCAGGGGCAACGAUGAACUACUACAGUAGUCGAUAUGUAUCGCCUAGUCUGGGGUUCAUGAUGGGGUGGCUAUAUUUCUAUUCUUAUGCCAUCUUUGUGCCGUUUGAGCUGACUGCUUCGGCUAUGGUUAUUAACUAUUGGCAUCCCGAUGUUAAUAAUGCGGUUUGGAUUACUAUCAUGUUGUUGCUUGUUGUUUCGCUCAACCUGCUUCCGGUUAAGUUCUAUGGGGAGUCUGAGUUUUGGUUUGCUUUGCUCAAGGUUCUGUUGAUUGUGGGCUUGAUAGGUCUUUCGUUUGUACUGUUUUGGGGUGGUGGGCCUAAUCAUCAGCGUCUUGGGUUUCAUUAUUGGAUGGAGCCUGGGGCUGUCAAGCCCAUGACUGUGGAUGGGAAUUCCGGGCGGUUUGUUGCUGCACUUGCUACUCUCAUCAGCUGUGUUUUGCCGUUUACUUUCUCGCCUGAGAUGAUUGUUGUGACUGGUGGUGAGAUUCAGUCUCCCCGUCGCAACUUACCAAAGAUUGCUCGCAAUUUCUUUUGGCGAUUGAUUGUCUUCUAUAUUGGCGGCACCAUUGCCAUCUCUGUUAUCUGCCCAUCUGAUGAUCCAUCAUUGACGCGUGGAGGCAGUGGUGCUGCUUCUUCGCCUUGGGUGGUUGGUAUCAGAAAUGCUGGAAUUGCCGGUCUUCCCAGUGUUAUUAAUGCUGUGAUUAUCACUGCAGCAUGGUCAUCUGGGAAUUCCUUCCUGUAUCUUGCCAGUCGGUCCCUCUACUCCAUGGCCGUUGAAGGCAGUGCCCCUCGAAUCUUCCGCAAAUGCAGUAAAAACGGAGUCCCAGUCUACGCAGUCGUUGCCAGCUCACUCUUCUCCCUGCUAGCAUAUAUGAAUGUCAACACAGGAGGUUUCAUUUCCUGGGUCUGCUGUUCAAUCACCUACAUUCGUUUCCGGAAGGCUUGUGAUAUCCAGAAGAUCCCGACGGAUAGUUUGAUUGCUCGUUCUCCUUUGCAACCUAUCGGUUCUUAUAUCACCAUGUUUAUGUUCGGGCUACUUUGUCUGCUCAAUGGGUUCACGGUCUUCUUUCCAUCGCAGUGGUCCGUUGUUGAUUUCCUCUCUGCUUAUAUUGGCCUUCCGUUGUUUGUCAUCUUUUACUUCGUGCAUCGGUUCUGGAGACGCCAGGAUCCUUGGACUAUCCCUUCCCACUUGGUUGACUUGCAUAAUGGAUUGGCGGAGUUGGAGGCUGAAGAGGAUUUGGAUGUGUCUAAGGAGACUGUUUGGGGGCGUCUGAGGCGCUGUCCCCAAUUGUUUUCUACCUUAUGCGGUCAUUCGAAGUAG